GAUAGAUAGAUAGAUAGAUAGAUAGAUAGAUAGAUACUUUAUUUAUCCCGAGGGAAAUUCAAUGACUAAGUUUUCCGGUUUUUUUAUGCAAACAUGAACUAAAAGAUCACUGACGGUCCCUGAAGGCACCAUCAUUAGUGAUGAGAAGGAUCAAUAAUCUUUAAUAACCGGAAUAAACGUUAUUAUUGGAAUUAAAUCUCUUUAUUAGUUUGAUUUCUGGUUUUAAACUCGGUGACCUCUGACCCCGGUAUGCCGCCAAAUACGAUCUGCGGAAAUAAACCGGAAGUUGUAGUUAGGGUUAUCGGCAGCUCGCGGUUUGAUAACAAAGAUCUGAUCAGCUGAUCAGAAGAAGCGGAUUAUUGGUCGUUAUUGACCCGGUUAUUGGCUGGUUACACGCGGAGCGUACGCUGUGAAGGUCCCGGUUCGGUUCCGGUUCGGUUCCGGUUCGACUCGGAGGAUGUCGGAGGAGCAGACAGUACAACCAGUAAUCAAUAAUCUGUUUAUUGAUCAGGAGGAUGUCGGAGGAGCAGACUGUGUCUCUGGUUGAUGUUCUGGAGGAAGAUGAGGAAUUGGAGGAAGAAGCUUCAGCUGUUUUAGCAGGAAGUGACUCUGAUCACUGCUCAUAUCCUCAGGGCUACGUGAAGCGACAGGCUCUGUACGCCUGUAACACGUGCACACCGAAGGGCGGCGAGGCGGCGGGCGUGUGUCUGGCCUGUUCAUACAAAUGUCAUGAAGGUCAUGACCUCUUCGAACUUUACACCAAGAGGAACUUCCGCUGUGACUGUGGAAACAGGAAGUUCACAGAGCUGCAGUGUAAACUCUACCCGGAGAAGGACGAGGUCAACAGUCUGAACAAAUACAGUCACAAUUUCUUUGGGGUCUAUUGUACCUGCAGCCGGCCUUACCCAGACCCAGACGACCAGGUGGAGGAUGAGAUGAUUCAGUGUGUGGUGUGUGAGGACUGGCUGCACGGCAGGCACCUGGGCUGUUUGGUUCCAGACUGUGUGGAGCUGCAAGAGAUGAUCUGUGAAUCCUGUAUGAACAAAAACCCUUUCCUCUGGACCUACGCCGCUCACCUGGCAGUUCCAGGUGCAGCAGUACAGGUGAAGGAGGAAACAGAAGACUCAAACACAAACAAAAAGGAAAAGGAUGAUGAGGUCAUCCAGCCCAGCUGUAAGAGGAGCCGUGAGGAGGUGGAGUCAAGCUGCCAACUGAAAGAGCUCAGUGCGAUUGGUCAGAAAAGGGACCAAUCAGGGGCCGUAUUCUGGCCGUCAGCGUGGCGCUCCAAACUCUGUUUCUGCAGCAGCUGCCAGGAAAAUCUGUCUGCCGCCGGUCUGUCCUUCCUGUUGGACGAGUCUGACACCGUCCUCGCCUACGAGCACAAAGGGAAGAGCAAUGAGCAGACACAGCGAGGUCACGACCCCCUGAUGUCAGCACUGGACAACCUGAACCGUGUGCAGCAGCUCGAGAUCAUCCAUGGUUAUAACGACAUGAAGAGCGAACUCAAGGACUUCCUGCAGAGAUUUGCUGCUGAAGGAAAAGUCGUGACUCCUGAUGACAUCCGUCAGUUCUUCGAACAGCAGCAGAAUCGUAAGAGGCGGCGAGACGACGCCGGACCCUUCUAUUCCACCUGAGGACCUUUGACCUCCAAUUAAUGUUGAAACUCCCUUUGACCUUUCUUGACCUCCUGACUUCAUCUUCUUCCUGUUUCCUGUUGUCUCCUGUUGGUGUUGUGGAUUUUCUGGACAUUUAAAGUUUUUAUCUGCAGUUAAUUUUGAACCUCUAAGACUUCCUGUUUUUAACAUUAACUGUGUUUCAUUUUUAAUGAAAACUAAUAAAACUCAAUAAGCUGAAUUAACAA